UUUCACAACUGCUUUCUCUCAGCUCGACAUGCACACAGCCUAAUUACGUUUGGCAAUCGGAGAGUAGUGUAGUACUAUCACUCUAUCCGUGCCGAUUAUUUCUGGCGAGACUUUUAAUCCGACGACAGCGGUGAUUGGGCGGCGCAGUCACGGGGUCCGCAGUCUCUUCGCCCUGCCUAGAGUCAGUCAGUCAGUCGGGGGAAGGCGAGUCUGCCUGCAAGCGCUUCUCUCUGUGUGGAUCCACCAUACACACACGUACACACUCGCGCGGGCAUUCACACAUAAUUAUUGUUAAUUACUGAGCCCCUUUCGGUCUUCUGAGAGUCUGUUUUCCACCAUGGGCGACAAAAAGAGCCCAACCAGACCGAAAAGACAAGCCAAACCGACAGCGGACGACGGAUUUUGGGACUGUAGUGUGUGCACUUUCAGAAACAGUGCCGAAGCCUUCAAAUGCAGCAUCUGUGAUGUACGGAAGGGCACGUCUACCAGAAAACCCCGGAUAAACUCCCAGCUGGUGGCACAGCAGGUGGCCCAGCAGUACGCCAUUCCUCCUCCACCAAAGAAAGACAAGAAGGAAAAGCCUGAGAGGCCUGAGAAAGAUCGGGCCGAGGGGGAGCGUCCUGAUAGAAAUCCGCAUGACAGCGAACACACGGACAUGGACAAGAGUGAGAAGGAGCAGCCUGACAAAGAGAAGAAGGACCGAGAGAAAGAAAUCACCCCAGCCGUCAUCAAGAAACCCAACAGCAAAAAGAACAAACCCAAGUCAGACAGCCAUCAAAGCCCACCCAGUGAACGCAACAGCAUUCAGUCCGGCAAAUCCACAACCAAGACCAAGAACUCCCACAUCUCCAGGCCCAAGCUGAAGAACAUUGACAGGAGCACAGCCCAGCAGCUGGCCAUCACCGUGGGGAACGUCACCGUGAUCAUAACAGACUUUAAGGAGAAGACCCGCUCCUCCUCCACCUCGUCCUCCACAGUGACCUCCAGCGCCGGCUCUGAACAGCAGCACCAGAGCUCUGGCUCCGAGAGCAUGGACAAGGGCUCAUCCCGUGCUUCAACACCAAAGGGAGACCUCUCGGUCGGGCACGAUGAGUCAUUCUGAGCACCUCGGACGCUGUCCAGACAGCAGGGAUGUACUUUGCCUCCACUUUCCCCUCUCUUUGCCCUGAGUCAACUCGUAUUCAUUUCUAUCACUGAAACAGGGAUUUAAGGUCCUUGUACCCACACACACUCAACAUACAACAUACACAACAUUUUUGUGAAUGGUGCAACCAUGGCGGACCAUGGAUUUUCCCUCCCUGGAGACAUCCCACUCUUGUAUGUAUUGUUUUAUAUUUGUAAGUGGAUGUGCAGCCGAAUCAACAUUUUUUUGUUUAAAAAAAUAUAUAUAUGUAAAUGUCCGUGGUGCACAAUAACCACCAACAUUUUAACUAUUCUGGACCAUUAUUGCUCUAAUUUAUUAUGUUGCAUCUUUGUACCCUUUUUUUUUUCGGAUGGACCGUUUUUCUCAGCUAAAGUAGCCAACAGCUCCCUUUCAGUGCUGAAAUGAUUUUUCUGAAGAUUCCCGAGAAACUUCUCACAAUGGUGCUAGAUACACUGUGAAAUGAUUUCACACCAUAGAAACAGAUCCCUCUUCUCCUGGAAACAGUGGAAAUAUUUGUGUCCUGGUGUCAGGCUGCAUUCUUCUGUUGCUUUGUUUUGGGAUUUUUUUUUUUCUUUUUGCAACUGAUCUGGACAUUUGUGCACUGACGGUCCUGAGAUCUGGUUUCGUCAACAUACUGAACGUAUGGUGUUUUGCAUCUGGCGUAGUAUGGAGAAAACAUCUGCCAUUCACAAACUGCAAGGAGACAUUGCAAGCUUGAUGUGAGCUAUGGAUUUGAUUGUUCUGAGGUGAAUUGAGCUUUCUCAACACUCACUUGGCUUAACAUCCUUGGCUUUUGUUGUCCUUUAUGGUCUACAUAUGAUGUAUUUUAAAAACACUAAAAGGUCUGUAGGCCUUUAAUUUUGAAGAACUACUUUUGUUUUAUAGGUAUUUUUGAUCGAAAGAUACAGAUUUUAAUCUUAGGGUUUUACUCUGCCUUGUUUUUAUCUGAAUACAAACUUUUGAAGUUUUUUUUCCCAUAAUCUACAGAAACUUAGAUGAUGGUAAGCAGUGCAGUAUUUACUAAAACAAUCCCAACUCUAGAAAUAAGUGAUAUUGUGCUGAACGUGAACUGUCACUGAAUGCAUGGGAAAUCUCGCAAGUAAGGGUGCACGAUAAAUAUCGUACGAUAAUUAAUGCGCAUCUCAUCGGUUCUCUAAUCAGCAGUAAACUCCCUCAGGUGCGUGAUUUCACAUAGAGCAGCUGUUACUUCACGGAGCCAUUGUUAACUGAGAAGAUGCGCGAAUAAACGAUGAUAAUGAACGUGGAUUUGCGCAGCUAAUCCGUUAACAAUGACUCCUUGAAGUAACAGCUGCUCUAUGUGAAAUCGCACACCUGAUGGAAUUUACCGCUGAUUAGAGAACCGGCUUUACUGACGAGAUGCGCAUUAAUUAUCGUACAAUAUUUAUUGCGCACCCCUACUCGCAAGCAUUCAGUAAUAACAUUUUUUUAUUUGUGUCACAAUAAGUUGAUGCAAGCAUGAUUUCAUACAAUAUUCCCGCUCCCCAUUAACGCAAGAUGUCUAGCAGGUAGUCCCACAAAUCUCAAGGUCAGCACAUCUUCCCUUUUGAAGUGUAUUAAACUUGUAUAAAGUAUGUGUAUAUGAUAUGAGUUUUAUUUAUUGAAGGACCAAAGGAAUUUGAUAUUGAUGACAUGCUAGACAAAUGAAUAAUUCAAAAUGUAAUUACCAUAUGUGUGAUAUAACAUUUUAAUAAAGUCUAAUAUAAUCCAUUUCAAAUGUGUAAUUCUUGUCCUCUUGAUAUAUGCAGAAGAUUUGUAUACUUGUAAAUUCAUAGAAAUUCAUGUCAAGUCUGUAAAGACGAAACGGACUUUUGUCACUGUACUGCGUGUUAAUUCUGUAACAGCAUAGAAUUAUUACAGUGAACUCCCAUCAAGCUGUUUUUCCCUUCCACAAAUUCUGCUUUUAAGCCAUUGUGUUGUUUUGAAAUGAAGAGAUAAAUGGACAUUAUUAUUGGCUGGCAACUUUAACGCUUUGAAUAGGUUACUGUUUUUGUUAACAGAAGUAGACAGACUAAAGCAUUAUGUAUAAAUGAAGACUUCACUGGGUUGUUGUUUUUUUUCGAGGGUAACCAUGUGUCUUCUUUAUAUAUUUGUGAUGUUAACCAAUCAAACCGGUAUUGAUUGUUGGAUACAAAGCAUUUAAGUUGUAUUGAUCCAAUUCCAAUUAGAUCAGUGCAAGAUUGACACUUCGUAA